CUGGAAUGAGCUUUGCCUUGGCGGAAGUACUGACGUGUUCACAGCGGAGUAGCGCGAGCGGCGGACAGGCAGCAGCUGAGAGUGAUACAGCGGCAGCACCCGGUCAGAAAAGACAGAAUGUCAGAAGGAGACAGUUCUGCUGAAUCCAUCCAUGGGAAACCAUCCGCCAUAGCAAGCUUCUUCACGCGUCUAGGACAGAUCUACCAGUCUUGGUUGGACAAGUCAACUCCAUUUUCAGCAGUACGAUGGGCGGUCACGCUUAUACUUACAGCAAUAUACAUGAUCAGAGUGUAUAUACUACAGGGGUGGUACAUAGUCACAUAUGCUCUUGGAAUCUACCAUCUCAAUCUGUUCAUUGCUUUUCUCUCGCCGAAAGUGGACCCAUCGUUGCUUGAUGACCCAGAUGAUGGUCCAUCACUUCCCACAAAGCAGAACGAGGAGUUCCGGCCGUUCAUCCGACGGCUGCCGGAAUUCAAAUUCUGGCAUUCUGCGACGAAAGGCAUCAUCAUCGCUAUGAUUUGCACGUUCUUCGAAGCCUUCAACGUGCCAGUGUUCUGGCCUAUCCUUGUGAUGUACUUCAUCAUGCUCUUCUGUAUCACCAUGAAGCGUCAGAUCAAGCAUAUGAUUAGGUAUAGGUACCUGCCCUUCACACAUGGGAAGAGGACAUACAGAGGCAAGGAAGACACAGGAAAAACCUUUGCUAGUUAAAAUCCCUCCCCUUCCCCUACUCAAAUUAAACUUAUUGAUGAAGAAUGGUGCGUACAGGAGUUAAAGUUUUGUAAGAUUUUUUUCUUUUUGACUUUUUUGUUGGGAUUCAAAAAACAUUUUAAAAAAUGUAGGCUUAUCGGAAAAGAGUUUUGAUCCAUGAUGACAGUGUUGGGUGCUUUGUGUAAUGAUUAUUGCUGCCUUUGGUAAGUGAAAAGAGCGUGGACUUGGCAAGAUUCACGCAAAGUUUACAGACGAGUGUGGUGCCUCUUUUGUCUUGUGUACACUGACUUAGCACAGUGUGAAUAUGCCCAAUUUUCCUUCUCGCUAUCAAACUAUGAUGAUGCUAAUGCUCACAACUGAGCUCUAGAGCUUGGGCGUUUUCCAUCAUAAUUCUCUGUCCUCUUUCAAGUAAUAUUGGAAUUUUGAUUAAUAUUGAUUUCAUUAAUCAUUAGGUGAAAACUAAAGUCAUCAGAUAAGAGCCAGAUCUUCAUCAGCACCCAGAAAUCUCACUAACCCCUGAUUAUUUUUACAUAUUUGCACUGAAGUACUUUUUCUUAGCACCCUUCACUGAACUAAUGAACAGAUUCAGUUUUUAGAUGCAAAACAAGAGGUUUUGACAAUAGUGCCCAACACUGAUUCACCACGUGAUUUGCCUUUUAUCUUGAAUGUGCAUUCUCUAGUUUUCUUUUUGUAAAUAUACUUUAUGCCUAGUAACAUAAUUUCUAGCAGCUUGUAAUUUAUUCUCAAGUAGUUAAAUCCCCCUGAUCAUGAAGUUGAACUGUAUUUUAAUGCUAAACAGAACUAGCUGUACAUUUGUAAGUGACAUCAUUCCAAACAAAACUUUUUUCUCUCUCUCUCUUCUUUUUCAGAGGAAACAUAAGAGUCUUGAGGGCUUUAAAAAUGUAAGAAAUGGAUGGAGAGGGUUGACAUUUUUCCCUUUUAAUUAACAUUAUACUGGAUCCUAACUGCUAAUAUAGAGAGAGGGUUUUUUAUUUUCCUUUUUUUUUUCUUCAGCACUGUAGGUGAGGAUCAAAACAUUUUUUCCUAUUAAUGUGCAUAAUGUUUUAUGGGGGUUUCUAUAUAAAUAUAUAUGUAUAUUUUAAAGGGUGAAUUGAGAUUAUUUUGGAUGGCCUUUUUUCUUUUAGACUUUUGAUUCCUGGUGUUAAUUUUGACAUUAAAUUAAAAUACAUAAAUUGGAUACUAGAUCUAUAAAUUUCUCAUUAAAGGCAUUGCAUGUCUUUGGUUUCCUUGUGUUACUGUUCAAAGGAAAAUGAUUUUAAUAACUACACUGUAAAUUUUUCACUCCAAAUGCUAUUAAAAGACCAUGUCCCUUCA